AUGCUGUUAAACGUUCCCUCCGUGCUGACUCACUUUGGCAGGUUCAGUGUCACCAUAAAUCAAGACAGCCCUGAAGAUUCGGAUCGCUCGUCUGUUGGUGACGAGGACGAUUCCUCUGGCGUCGACGUGUCUCCGCCAUCCGUGACAGCCAGCAACGGCUACCAAGACUACGACGACGAAUGGGACCAUGUGCAGCAUUUGCAUUAUCCUGACGAAUUAAGAUCCGAUUCAGCGUCUCGUCCAAGAACUUCACGCCACAGUCGCAACCCCAUCCCCGAGUCCCGCUCAAGGUCUGGUCGUCGCUACUCGCGGCGAGACAUUGGGACGGAGUUGCCCCCUCAGAGGGCGGCGCGUCACCGUCGGUCGCCAGACGAGUCGCCUGAAAGCCUGGACUCAGGUGAAGAAGAAGGCCUUGAACCUAAUUACGCUCGACAACCACGCGAUAGGCGGAAUUGGCCACCGGUGCCCCCAUACGCGCAAAGCUCGUCCUCAGGGCCGUCCUAUAAUGCAUUACAACAAGGGGGGAUGGGGCAUUUACAAUUUGGUCAUCCCGGGCCUACGCACCAGCACCAUCCAUCCGAUCAACUGGUAAGACUCGGUCAUAUGGGUCGCUCCGGUCCCGGUCAGUACGCGCACCCUCCGCCCUAUGGAUACGCGUCAUCGCAGUUUCCUCCAGCACAACAUGGUGGCAUUCCACCAUUGUUCAGCCCUGACCAGCAUCCUGGGCAUCCCGGUCAUCUUCCACACCACCAUGCACCAGAUUCCCGCAAUCGAAGUCGAGGACAAAGUCCUCCUGAGCAACCGUUGGCCCAUAUGAUGCCACCUCAUGCCAACUCACCCUAUGGUGGUGCGCCUUACCCCCCGCCAGAUCUCAUCCCGUACAGCCCUGGUGGGUAUUUUCCUUACAAUCAAAACUAUCCCGGCGGAGUUGUUGGGCAUCCUUUUUUUGGGCAAAUUCCUCAAAAGUCUGAAUCUCCUUCGGCGACGUCUCAGGCAGACCCGGCGAAAGAUGAAGCUAUUGCUCGACUGGAGAAAUUAAUACUGGACGAACGAGCAGAUCGCGAGGCGAGAGAUGCCGCGCGUGAAGCUGCAAUGGUAAAGGCCGCCGCAGACAAACUUGCCGCAGAAGAAAGAGCAGCUGCGGAGAAGAGAAUAGCGGAUGAAGCGGCUGCAAAGGCCACAGCAGCUGCGAAUCAGGAAUUUGAAAAGAAAUCUGCCGAAGAGGCUGUCAAAGCCCAGAAAGCUGCCGAAGAGAUGGCAGCGGCGGCGGCAGCAGAUGCUAAGAAAGCUGCAGAGGAAGCGGCCGCGGCUGCGGCAGAAGAAGCCAAAAAGGUAGCAGACGAAGCUGCAGCUGCUGCUGCAGCAGAGGCCAAAAAAGCGGCAGAAGAAGCCGCAGCUAACAAGCCUCCUCCGGAAAAGAAGAAACCUAUCAAGUUCAAGGACGCUGGCAUGGAGGAACUUAUUCGCCAGGCGUUUCUUCAUGUGGAGGUGAUUGGACCUCAUGUUGCCGAGGGCCAUUAUGACUUGGUCGGCCCUAGCGGUGACAUUAUCUUGCCGCAGGUCUGGGAGACUGUUAUCGAACCCGACUGGACUGUUACCAUGCAUAUGUGGCCGAUACCAGAAAAACCGAAAGAAGAACCGCCGCCGCCGCCUCCCGAGAAGCCUGCCCCUGCUGCAGAUGAUGCCAAGAAGAAGCCUGAUGGUGCGGGCCCGAAGAAACCACGACCGGGAAAUCCUUCGCCCUUCGCCAAGUGGAUGAUGGGGAAUAAUCGACCCAAGCCAGCAGGCAAACCUUUAAAAGUGUAA